GGAAAGAGAUUUAGUUACAGUGGUGAUCUUCAAAGCCAUCAAAGAACUCACACAGGGGAGAAACUUUUUGGAUGCUCAGAGUGUGGAAAGAGAUUUAGUGGCAGUGGCGAUCUUCAAAGGCAUCGAAGAACCCACACAGGGGAGAAACCUUUUGGAUGCUCAGAGUGUGGAAAGAGAUUUAGUGGCAGUGGCGAUCUUCAAAGGCAUCAAAGAACCCACACAGGGGAGAAACCUUUUGGAUGCUCAGAGUGUGGAAAGAGAUUCAGCCAGAAUGGCAAUCUUCAACAGCAUCAAAGAACGCACACUGGGGAGAAACCUUUUGACUGCUCAGAGUGUGGAAAGAGAUUUAGUGACAGUGGCCAUCUUAAAACGCAUCAAAGAACCCACACAGGGGAGAAACCUUUUGGAUGCUCAGAGUGUGGAAUGAAAUUCAGUUACAGUGGCAGUCUUAAAAGGCAUCGAAGAACACACACAGGGGAGAAACCUUUUGGAUGCUCAGAGUGUGGAAAGAGAUUUAGUGAGAGUGGUACUCUUCAAAGCCAUCAAAGAACCCACACAGGGGAGAAACCUUUUGGAUGCUCAGAGUGUGGAAAGAGAUUUAGUGACAGUGGCAGUCUUAAAAGGCAUCGAAGAACCCACACAGGGGAGAAACCUUUUGGAUGCUCAGAGUGUGAAAAGAGAUUUAGUGACAGUGGCCAUCUUAAAACGCAUCAAAGAACCCACACAGGGGAGAAACCUUUUGGAUGCUCAGAGUGUGGAAAGAGAUUCAGUCAGAAUGGCAAUCUUCAACAGCAUCAAAAAACCCACACAGGGGAGAAAGCUUUUGCCUGCUCAGAGUGUGAACAGAGAUUCAGUCACAGUGGCAGUCUUAAAACGCAUCGAAGAACCCACUCAGGGGAGAAACCUUUUGGAUGCUCAGAGUGUGGAACUAGAUUCAGGCAUAAUGGCAAUCUUCAACAGCAUCAAAGAACCCACACAGGGGAGAAACCUUUUGACUGCUCAGAGUGUGGAAAGAGAUUUCGUUUUAGUAGCGAUCUUCAAAAGCAUUUAAGACACCACACAGGGGAGAAACCUUUUGCAUGCUCAGAGUGUGGAAGGAGAUUCAGUUGCACUGGCACUCUUCAACUGCAUCAAAGAACCCACACAGGGGAGAAACCUUUUGCCUGCUCAGAGUGUGAAAAGAGAUUCAGUCACAGUGGCAGUCUUCAACAGCAUCAAAGAACCCACACAGGGGAGAAACCUUUUGAAUGCUCAGAGUGUGGAAUGAAAUUCAGUCGCAGUGGCCAUCUUAAAAGGCAUCGAAGAACCCACACAGGGGAGAAACCUUUUGAAUGCUCAAAGUGUGGAAAGAGAUUCAGCGAGAAUGGCAAUCUUCAACAGCAUCAAAGAACCCACACAGGGGAAAAACCUUUUGCAUGCUCAGAGUGUGGAAAGAGAUGUCGUUUUAGUGGCGAUCUUCAAAAGCAUUUAAGACACCACACAGGGGAGAAACCUUUUGACUGCUCAGAGUGUGGAAAGAGAUUUCAUUUUAGUGGCAAUCUUCAAAGGCAUCGAAGAACACACACAGGGGAGAAACCUUUUGGAUGCUCAGAGUGUGGAAAGAGAUUCAGUGAGAGUGGUACUCUUCAAAAACCAUUUCCGGCCAAGAUGGCGCUGAGUUAA